AUGGAAGAUGUGCAGACACUGUCUGAGGCUUUGCCUCCUCCACCCUGCAGCCUCAUGGUUGGUACUAGUCAUGCCUCUGUUUUCUGCUGCCUCCUGUCGGCCCCUGUCUAUCGCUGGCCUCUUCUCUGCCUCCUCUUUGUGUCAAUGUCGCUGGUUCCUGUAUCCUCCCUGCGCUGCAUGCUCCUCCAUCCCACCAUCACCAAUGACAGUGAAUAUGUUAAUGGCACGGCGGAGUACGAUUACUCAAGCUAUUACAAUGGAUUGGAUGACUUCUCCCCAUGCAGCAACGCCAAUGCGAAGGACUUCAGCAGGGUGUUACUGCCAACUCUGUACAGUUUGGUUUUCAUCCUUGGAUUCACAGGUAAUGGCCUUGUGGUGUGCAUUCUGGUGAAGCACCGCAAACAGAUCAACUUGACGGACCUCUGUCUUCUCAACCUGGCACUUGCUGACCUGUUCUUCGUCUUCUCGCUGCCUCUGUACAGCCACUACGCUGCUGUCGGGCAGUGGGUAUUCGGAGACGUUAUGUGCCAUCUUGCCUCCGGUUUCCACAACACAGGAUUCUUCAGCAGUGUAUUCUUCAUGGUCGCCAUGACACUGGAUCGCUACAUGGUCAUUAUCCACAAUCUAAAGGUUUCACGCUACCGCACGUUGAAGCUCGGCAUCGGAUUGACCGUGCUCAUCUGGAUCUUGAGUUUGUUUGUCUCUGUGCCAAAUUUUCUGUUCACAAAGGUGACGAAUGAGUCCUGGUGUCAUGAUAACUCAGGAAGCGACACUUGGGAAAUGUAUAACCUGUUGGCGACAAACCUUUUGGGUUUUGUCAUUCCCUUGCUGAUGAUGGUCAUUUGCUACUCCAGGAUCAUCCCCAUUCUGAUGAACAUGAGGAGCAUCAAGAAGCAUCGCAUUAUCAAGCUCAUUUUCACUAUUGUGAUUGUCUUCUUCAUUUUCUGGAUCCCGUAUAACAUUGUCCUCUUCUUAAAGUUCCUGCAAGCUAGAAAAAUCUUGUCAGACAGCUGCAGCAUGCGUGAAAAUAUUAUGAUGUCUGCAGGAAUGACUGAGGCGAUUGCGUACAGUCACUGCUGCCUGAACCCCAUCAUAUACGCCUUUGUGAGUCACAAGUUCAUGCAGCGUUCUGUGCAGCUGCUGAAGGAGUGGUUGCCUUGGAUUCAUUUUUCUUCCAACACAAAUUACUCAGAAAGUACCUACAGGAAAAGCUCAGUCAUGUCCAGGUCCUCUGAUGUUACCUCGACUUUUAACGUGUAGGAUGGAAGAGGUUUGAUGGACAACAAUGUGCUUACACAUGUAGAUUUUUGACAAAUUCUGCAAUGUUUUAUCCAGAAAGUACCCAUCUUGUUCUUGCUGUGCAAAAUCAUUUUGUAUGAUUAGUUCAGUCUGGCAUAUUGGGGCAGUGAUUAUAUUCUUUUUUU